AUGUUGUCAAACAUAUCUUCAACAACUGUGCAGACGUGGAGAGAACGUCCUCCUUCUUCUUAUUCCAUCAAAAUCCAGAACCUCUCUCAACUCCAAACCUCAACUUCCCACUCACAUGGCACAUACCGAUCUCGACGUUUCUCCUCUGGUGAUUACCAAUGGAGAAUGAUCAUAUACCCUAAAGGGAACGACAAUGACAAUGGGAGUGGGUUUAUUUCAAUGUAUGUUGAAAUAGAUAGCACAAGUCUUACUUCUACAACUUCCAUUGAGGUGUAUGCUGAUCUUCGGUUUUUCGUCUUUAACAAAAAAGAAAACAAGUACUUUACUAUUCAAGAUGUCGAAUCAAAGCCGUGCAAUACACUAAGAACGAUAUGGGGAUUGUCACAAGUGCUUCCGCUUGAUACGUUUAACGACCAUAAAAACGGAUACUUAUUUGAUGGUGAUCAUAGUGAGUUUGGUGUUGAUAUCAUUGUUGCUCCACCUCCAACCAAACAUGAAACACUUUCAUAUGAUGUGAAGCUUUCUUAUCCAAAGUUCUCUUGGACUGUUAAAAAGUUCUCUGAGAUAAAAGAGGAUAUUCACGCAUCAAACUCUUUUUCAAUGGGUGGAAGGCAAUGGCUUCUAAAGUUGUAUCCAAAGGGAUACUCUAUAAAAGAUAGUAAAUGGCUAUCGAUAUUUCUCGUUUUAGAUGGAAGUGAAGUUUUAAAGGAAGAUGAGAAGGUUUACGUGAAAACGCAUCUGAAAGUUCUAAAUCCAAGUGGAUCUAACCACUUGACAAAAGAGCUUAACAAAUGGUUCGAUACACCUGGUUUUGGUUUUGGUUGGGAUCACUUCGUGUCUAUAGCUGCACUUCGAAACACCUACUUGGAUAAGGAAGACACUUUGAAAAUUGAGAUCGAAUUCGAAGUUGUUUCUGCGACCAAAUAUUCUUCCUUUGCCUAA